AUGCUGUUCGCCUUCCUCACCACUCUCGUCCUCCUCAUCGCCACCACUGUCGGAGCACCAACAACACUCGACCCAAACCCAGAUGUCCUAGCCACCCUCAACUCAAAAACUUCGACAUCAUCCUCCCGCCUUCUCGUCCCAGCCCCGAACACCCAGAACUGCCUCGCAGCCAAGCACGGCGUCGGCAACACAGUCCGCGUCUGCUACACCAUCACCAUCGGCGCGAUCUUCGACGACGGCAAGGGCUGCGACGGCGUCCACGACCACGUUGAUUCCGGCACCGACGGCCGUCUCAACCACUACACCUGGGAAUGCACCGGCGAGAGCGGUGAUGGUAAUGAGGAUUACACGCGCCUGUACUUUUGUCUGCUGGGAAGCAAGGAUGUGAGUGGGAUGAAUGAGGAGUUGGAGGGGAACUUCGCUGUUGCCUAA